UGAAAAAGCACAUGCAUCAUCCUACCUACAAUGCCACACUGUGUGUCUACCUGCCUCUUCUCACAUCGUGCGUCCGCAGGUCUGUCUGUGUGCAUCAGACGCCUGCCCUUGACGCACUGCCGAGCCCACGUGUGUGUGGACCACCGGCAACACCUCAAUGACCGGCGUGCAAUGCAACGCACAAGAACAGACCCAUCGACGCUGACAUUCCACCGCCCAUCCCCUUUAGUCACCCGAAGAAUGAGCUCUGUGAUGACUCCAGCUUCUUGAUGCCCUGCAGUGCACUCAUGACGACCUCCGCGUUGGUCUCCACCACCAUGCCGCCCAUCACAAUCUCAUCCAGUAUGUAAUUCACCUGCACACACACACACACACACACAAAGGGAGUGUCACACACGCUGCAAUACCCUUCAUCUCUCUCAUUGAUUGCUUGGUUACUUUGUCGAAGUGGUAGAUGAGGUCCAGCUCACAGACGUUCUCGAAGCACGAAUCCAGCACCUGCACAAACACCUGCACACGCGGAGAGGAGGGAAAGACAGAGAGGCCGAUACAAGAAUGCAGCGCCACGAUCCUUCACGUAUUAUGCAGUGUGUGGGUGUGGUGGGUGUUUCCCUGACUGACCUGGAUGAGGUCGAGUAUGCCGAGUUCGCUCUCAGCGCUGUCAACCACAAACACAAAGUAAAGCGUCGCGAAGUGCCUGCACGUCACACACACACACAUGGGCAGACAGGCGUCAAGCGAACUACGGUGAUGCUGCGGCUCCAUCAUGCAUACCUGUAGAUGAUUUUGUGGUCGUCUCCGAAGAGUUCCCUGUCUUCUGCGAAGCAGCAGCAGAGGUCGUCGGACCUCCGCGACACGAUGUUGUACACCGUCUUGAGCACAUGCUGCUGCCGCUCGUGGGGCUGAACACGGGAUCCAUGAAUCAACCGCACUCGCUCGUGUCAGACCGGCACCAUCCCAUCUCUCUCUUGUGUGUCGUGGGUGCUCACCGUGCCGUCGUAGAACCUCAUGAGUCUUGGUUUGCCCUGAUUGUUGACCACGAUGAUGCACCGAAUCAUCGUAUCGUCAAGGGAUGGACACGGGUCAGAUGUGAAAAGCCGAGAUCUUUCUUUUCUGCAGCAGACACAGCCCUCGCCCUUUCGUUCUUCGCCG